GAGUGGAGGGAGGGAUGGUCAAAGUGACCGGAGCCAGAGGUUUUGCUCCGUCCAAUGACUACAAGGUGUGUGCCACCUACAUGGAUGGGUACAGGGCGACAGCAGUGUGUCCUGUAGGGGGCCCCAGAGCCACCGAGAAGGCCAGACGCACCGCAGAGAACAUCAUCAAACGGACACGUCGGAUGUUCAAGCAGCUGGGUCUGGAGGACUUCACCUCAGUCAACAUCCAGGUGUUGGGGGCAGAAGAUACCUACGGACCACACAGCAAUAACACGACCCCUAGAGAGGUGGUAGUCUGGAUGGCUGUACGUCAUAAACAGAAGAAAGCUCUGGAGUUCUUCGCCAGGGAGAUAGCACCUGCAGGAACGGGCAUGGCUCCUGGACUCAUGGGCAUAGUUGGAGGACGACCAAGAGUCUCACCGGUUCUGAAACCUUUCUUCUUCAUGCACUCAAAGUCUCAGCUGAAGGUGGACGUGCACAUUGGUGGAGAGCACGCCGAGACGCACACUGAGGCGGAGUCAGACUCUGAGGCUCCGCCCCCAGCGGAGGAGAAAGCUGUACCUGUCGCAGAUCUGCCCAGUGGUCCCCACUCCUACAGACUGGAAGAGUUGGCCUACACCAGGAGUGGAGACAAGGGAGACUCUAGUAACAUCGGUGUGAUAUCACGCCACCCCCUUUACUUCCCGUACCUGAAGAAACACCUGACUGAAGCAGUGGUGGAGGACUACUUCCAUCACCUCAUACAGCCAGACACACAUGAUGCUGUCACACGUUAUGAGUUACCAGGGAUUCAUGCUCUCAACUUCGUCCUGCAAUGCUCUCUGGGAGGCGGUGGGGUGGCAUCGAUACGCUGUGACCCUCAGGGUAAAGCCUAUGGUCAGAUGCUGCUGGACCUCAAACUGACCGGCUUACCAGACCUCAAGUCUCUGGUCGACUGAGACGGGUAGACACAGAGGAGAAAUAGAAGAAUAAAUAUAGAGAUGUAUUGUUGGCCAAUGGAGAAUCCUCAUGAUAUAUCCUGCCUACGUACAUUGAUUCAGGAGUGUUAGAAGAAGAGAGGGCAUUAUCUCUGUGUGUGGAGAUAUUCUCAGUAACUGCAUCUCAAAUGCACACUAUUCCCUAUAUAGUGCACUUCUUUAGAUUGGAGUUGGCCCCCUAUUCCCGAUAUAGUUCACUACUUUUGACCAUGGCCCCAUAAAGAAUACAGUAGGGUGCAGUUUGGGACUUAUACGUGAUCAGUUUGUAAAGACAUCGUUUAUGAUACAGAUCUUCCUGUUCAUUUGGACAGACAACCACUAAACUGACAGGAAGGAAGAUACUGAUACUAUAUACCUUCUGGCCCACUUCCUGUUGAAGGAGGAUUCUGUAACUUCUGGCCCACUUCCUGUUGAAGGAAGAUACUGUACCUUCUGGCCCACUUCCUGUUGAAGGAGGAUUCUGUACCUUCUGGCCCACUUACCACUUCCUGUUGAAGGAGGAUUCUGUAACUGCUGGCCCACUUCCUGUUGAAGGAGGAUUCUGUAACUGCUGGCCCACUUGCUUCAACGUUGGACAGACGAUAUACAGUGGGGAGAACAAGUAUUUGAAACACUGCCGAUUUUGCAGGUUUUCCUACUUACAAAGCAUGUAGACGUCUGUCAUUUUUAUCAUAGGUACAUUUCAACUGUGAGAGACGGAAUCUAAAACAAAAAUCCAUAAAAUCACAUUGUAUGAUUUUUAAGUAAUUCUCAUUUGCAUUUUAUUUCUAGAAGCGAGAGACGAUGUUCUGAAACAAAGUUUUAAAAAAACUCCUUUGUUUUUAGUUCCUUGUUUCAAAAUAUUCUUCUGACUGAACACAACAAGCCGAGUUUUAUAGGACAACGUCUACCGUAGUCUAUAUGCAUCUCAAAUGGCACCCUAUUCCCUACAUAGUGCACCACUUUAGACCAGAGCCCUAUAGAACCCUAUUCCCUAUAUAGUGCACUACUUUAGACCAGAGCCCUAUAGAACCUUAUUCCCUAUAUAGUGCACUACUUUAGACCAGAGCCCUAUGGAACCCUAUACAGUGCACUACUUUAGACCAGAGCCCUAUGGUGGGCUACAUAGGGAAUAAGGCCCCAUUUGGGAUUUAACCUAUGUGUUUAUUACAGAGAGAACCACUGGGAAAAUACAACAAUAUAUCUGCUAGUGGCAUCUGUUUUGUGAAUAACCCUGUGCACAACCGCCUGUGAUAAAGUGAAUCAUCUGAGGCCCACACCUGAGCCAGACCCGCUAAUAUAGAACAUGACUGUAGACUACAGAGAUGACGGAACUAUUGUUUUCAAGGAGGAUUUAGUUUUACCUGAUGUAGAUAUGUUUCUGCCUUAUAAUGUCCGACACUUUGUUAGUCUAUUUGUUAGUCAACUUGUCUAUAGUUAGAUACAUGCAGCUUCCCUUCUGUUUAUAUGUUGCCCUAGAAGACUAAAUGAACUCUUGCUCAACAGAAUGUCAUGAAAUCAAUAGAAUGAAUGUUUCAAUCUACAGUAUACUGAAACAAAAAUAUAAAUAUAUAUAAAUGCAAAAUGUAAAGUGUUGGUCCCAUGCGUUUCAUGAGCUGAAAUAAAAGAUCCCUGUUCCAUUCUCUUGAA